AUGGCAAAUGAGAUAUUCGCAGUGACGGUAUUCUUCAUUUGCUUCCGAGAAUGUCUGGAGAGCAGUAUCAUUGUUUCAGGGGGAGAAGAUGGUGACAUUAUAGUAUAUAAACGACUACGAAAACAGGUAUGGUGGGGCGUCACUAUGGGACUAUUCAUCUGUAUCUGUAUCGGGGCGGGCAUGAUUGGUGCCUUCUAUGGACUUGGUGCGGAUCACUUUACCAAUACCGAGGACAUUUGGGAAGGCAUUCUUGGGUUAUUUGCCUCCAUUGUCAUCUCUAUUAUGGGAGGUGCCUUGCUAAGAGUGAACAAAAUGCAAGAGAAAUGGCGCUUGAAGCUGGCGAAUGCCUUGCAGAAGACGGAUUCGAAGAAUGCGGGCUGCAUGGCACGAUUGAAGGCUUACUCAGAGAAACACGUCAUGUUCUUUUUACCAUUCAUUACUGUUCUAAGAGAGGGACUGGAAGCUGUUGUUUAUGUUGGAGGCGUGGGUCUAGGUCUACCGGCGUCUUCCUUCCCUCUCGCGGUUUUCUGUGGAUUACUGGCUGGCUGUUUGGUGGGAUAUGCUCUAUAUCGAGGAGGAAACUCCACAUCACUCCAAUUUUUCAUGAUUGGCUCGACAUGUUUCCUCUACCUUGUGGCCGCAGGCCUUUGCUCCCGAGGUGUCUGGUAUUUCGAAAACAAUGCUUGGAAUAAUAUCAUCGGUGGAGAUGCAUCUGAGACUGGAUCUGGAGCCGGCUCAUAUGACAUUCGUCAGAGUGUAUGGCACGUCAACUGCUGCAACCCAGAACUCGGCGGAGGUGGUGGAUGGGGAAUUUUCAACGCACUCUUCGGCUGGACUAACUCGGCAACUUAUGGAUCUGUCCUGUCAUACAACUUGUACUGGGCUGUUGUUAUCUGCUGCUAUAUUUACAUGACUUUCAAAGACAAACAAGGACAUGUUCCCUACGUGACUCCUCUGGUGAAAAUGCUGAACUUCAAAAAGAAAAUUCGGGACUACAUAGGAAAGGGCCAAAAUGCGAAUAACGCAGCCACGGAAGCUUCUGCAAGUUACUCACUGGUUAAAACCUCUGCCCUG